AUGUACGUUCCGGCUGUGAUGGACGGUGUCCCGGCGAUACUUUAUCAUCAAUCGAUGUGGCUCAAAAAAGCUUCAUUUCCUUGGCCUGAACCCAAUCCCAUUUCGAAUCGGGCCUCGAUUCCACUCAAUAAUAGUGUUGCCGCUGCAACAGGCGCGUCGCUGUCGAAUCCCUACGGGAUUUCCUCGACAUCAUCUGCUUCGACUAUAAUAAUGGAUUCGUCCACAGACGAGAAGACCUCUCACCGCUGGCGGAGAGCCACAAUGCCGUUAUUGUGUCUAAAUGUGGUGAGGUCACAUUGGGCCGAUAACGGAAAGAGUCUACAAUUACUGAAUAAGCAAGCACUAAUCGGGCUGAGCUCUCUGAGUCUGUGA